AUGCUCAACGCCGUGCCGCCACUGGAUCUAUUACCGCUUAUCGCCACACGACAGACCGGAGACGCGGCUGCUGAAAUAUGGCUGCUGUCAUACAGAGCUAAUGCUAACACCUCAAAAUGUCCCAAACAUGGCCAGCUCAUUCACAAGAUGUUUUAUUCUGCGGCCUGGACCUUCUUGUUCGUCUUUGUGCCUCUCACCGACUCUCCUGCCUUCUCUUUGCAGACCAUCGUCCGCGGGAGCCGGCCGCCCAAGGACGCCUCCAUCAACGGCCUGCUGGAGGAGUUUGACAGCAUCUCUGUCACCCGCUCAAACUCUCUGAGGAAAGAGAGUCCGCCUGGAGCCCAUCAGGCUGGCGGGAGCAAGCCAGCGUCUGCGUCCACGUCCAACACCGGUGGACCGGAGGAGAACGGCUUCGGACACUAUUACGGCCGCUUCUCUUGCGACCUGGACAGCAGUAAAGACUUCUCGCUAGAGGCGUACCGCGACCGAGGCACCCAUGCCGGCGAGUGGGCGGUCGGACGGCACUACCGCUUCUCUCUCAGACAGAACGGCCAUCCCAUCCGCAGCCACUUCUAUCCCGACGCCAUGCCGCAGAAGUCUUCGGACUACGCCAAGAUGCCACCCGACUACCACGCCUACCUGGAGAACAAGAUGCGGCUGUCCACCGACGAGAUGGCCAUGGGCGGCCGCAGGGAAUACUACCGCGCCUCUCUAGGCGGAUCCAGCCAGGACUAUCGGGAGCAUCCGCUGGGAACGCCGUCGCGCGUCUCCAUCCACAGCGGGCAGAUUAACUAUCCCGAUGGAGACUGGGGAUACGGAGUGGGACUGAGAGACGACUACGACAAGAGGCCCAAGUCCUCGUACAUCAGUCAGACGAGCCCCCAGCCGGCCAUCCGGCAGCGCUCGCGCUCGGGGUCGGGCCUGCAGGAGCCCAGCCUGCCGUAUGGCAUCACUGCAUUUAAAGCUGCGCCGCAGGGGCCGUACAGCUCGUACACGUACCCCAGACUGUCCGAGAACACGUCUUCGCUCAUCAUGGGCAAGGGCGAGUACGAGCGCGGGGCCCGUGACGGGAGUCCGCAGGGGCCGGGGCCAGGGCCCGAGACGUAUCAGCGCGUUCCCUUCAAACUACCUCAGAGCCACGGCAAACCCGGUUACCCAGCCGGACUCCAGUACCACUACCGGCCGCCGCAGCCCAGCCCUCCCUACACCCCGCAGGGAGCGCACUCGCAGCCCUCCUCGCCCUUCAUCCCGGGCCCCGGGGCCUAUCCGCCGCCCAGCUGGGGCUCGUCCUCCGAGCAGACGCCCUGCAGGGUUUCGCACGAGCAGUUCCGCGCGGCGCUGCAGCUGGUGGUGAACCCCGGCGACCCGCGCGAGUAUCUGGACAACUUCCUGAAGAUCGGGGAGGGAUCCACGGGCAUCGUGUGCAUCGCCACCGAGAAGCACAGCGGCAAACAGGUGGCUGUGAAGAAGAUGGACCUGAGAAAACAGCAGCGGCGGGAACUUCUGUUCAACGAGGUGGUCAUCAUGAGAGACUACCAUCACGAGAACGUGGUCGACAUGUACAACAGUUAUCUGGUCAGUGAUGAACUCUGGGUAGUGAUGGAGUUCCUGGAGGGCGGAGCCUUGACUGACAUCGUCACUCACACCAGGAUGAAUGAGGAGCAGAUCGCCACCGUCUGUCUGUCGGUGCUGAAGGCGCUGUCUUACCUGCACACGCAGGGCGUCAUACACCGAGACAUCAAGAGCGACUCCAUCCUGCUCACCAGCGACGGAAGGAUCAAGCUCUCGGAUUUCGGCUUCUGUGCUCAAGUGUCUAAAGAGGUUCCCAAGAGGAAGUCUCUGGUGGGAACGCCGUACUGGAUGGCGCCGGAGGUCAUCUCCAGGCUGCCCUAUGGCACUGAGGUGGACAUCUGGUCUCUGGGCAUCAUGGUGAUCGAGAUGGUGGACGGAGAGCCGCCAUACUUCAACGAGCCGCCGCUGCAGGCCAUGAGACGGAUACGAGACAACCUGCCGCCGCGACUCAAGGAGUCUCACAAGGUGUCGUCGGUUCUGCGGGCGUUCCUGGAGCUGAUGCUGGUGCGAGAGCCGUCGCAGCGGGCCUCGGCGCUGGAGCUGCUGCAGCACUCGUUCCUGAAGCUGUCGGGCCCGCCGGCCUGCAUCGUUCCUCUGAUGCGCCACUACCGCCACCGCUGAGCGCUCAGAGUCAGCGCGUUUCAUCCACAGCCAGACUGACGUCUUCUCACGCUAACUACGAAGAUGUAUUUUAGAGCAAUUGUAAGUUUUACUUGUACAGUUUUGAUAAACGGCAGUAUUUUUGUUGUGACGUCACCAUGGUGAAAUGGGCAGUAUUACCUAGAACUGAGAGUUAACAAUAAUAACUAAUAAUAAUAAACUUUCCUACUGUUUAUAUUUCGUUUUUUUUUUGAAGAUGGCUGUUGCAGACAGAUGAAUCCGAAUAUAUUUAUUUAUUCUACGUUUGUAGGUCGCGCCAGAGUUUUCUACGCUGGUUUCGUUCUGGUUUUCAGUAGUGUGGCCUUCUCACGCUCACUCUCUAGCAAUAUUCGGCACAAUCCUCGCGUGUUUUCUCGUGGCGUCUCACCCGUGUCUCCUGGCUCACUGUGAUCUGGAAAUGUGUUUCUGUAGGACUUCAGAUCCGCUGUCGCGUGGCUUUUGUACGGUGAUCCUGCAUGUGUGUCACUAAGAGCUGCUUUCAAUAAAAAACCUCA